AGUGGUUCCUUAAGUUUUCCUUAAGUCAUAUUCAACUUUUUCUUUACUGAUCCGUAUCAAAACAAUUUCGUUGUUUUACAAAAUGUCAAUAUUUCUCUAAUUAUUGAUACCGAAAAGUAGGCUAAACGUUUCCCAGUCUAAAUCCUAACAAUUAAAGAGCAAAUCGACUGCCAAGUCGAAUCAAGAAUGGUGCUCCUGGAGACAAGGGAUGGCAGGAUUAUUCGAGCGAGUCUGGACCUGCUCGAGCGAUCCUUGGUAAUGGGUGAAAUGUGCCGCGUUGGCGAGCACUCGGAGGAUGAGGAUUUCCUUAUCCCGGUGCACGGCAUUCACAGCGGUGUUCUGCUGAAGAUCCUCCUGUGGACCCAAUACCACAAGGGACAUAAAGAGCCCGCCUGGGUGUCCAAAAACGAACCUCUUUCUGCCGAGGAUAUUGACAUUCAAACUUCCGACUGGGACAAGGAGUUUCUGCGCGUGGAUAUCGAGCACGUUUUGGAGCUGAUGGAGGGCUCCAACUACCUGGACAUCCCCUGGCUGUACAAGCUCUGUGCCCAGAAACUAGCUUUCUACAGUCAACGAAAUACUGUGUCCCAGGACAGCAAGUAUUCGAAGAUGAUACCAUUGUGGCAAGAGUUCCAGGCCCUCUCCAAUGAACAGACCGUAGACUUAGAGGAUGAAAAGAACACCUUUGAUUCAUUUGAAAUUGAAAAUUUAUUAACUUAAAAUUCAAGAAAUCUAUUCAGAUCCAAAAUUAGUUGGCGACACCUAGUCAGGGUUGUACUUAUUAUUUCAGAAAUUAAAUGAAAACAUGAAGUUAUACAGACUCAACUAAAUAUACAAGACAAAGAUCGACUUUCAGCGACAA